AUGUUCUUUGACGACAAAACCCGCCUCCGCUACAAGUACGAUGCGGAGGAUGUAUGGAUUGAGCCAUGGGGCCCCAACGCAUUCCGUGUGAGAGCCACCAAGUCCGCAAAGAUGUCAUCUGAGGACUGGGCUCUCCAACAGCUCAAGGAAAUAACACCCAAGAUAUCCAUUUCUGAGGACUCUGCAACCAUCACCAAUGGCAACAUCAAAGCCCGGAUCUCUCGUCUCGGCAAGUUGACCAUCGAGACCGCAGAUGGAAAACUGCUUCUUGAAGAGUACUGCCGCAAUAGAAAAGAUCUCAUCGAUCCAAAGUGCAGUGCUCUUGAAGUUGAAGCACGCGAGUUCAAGGGUAUUCUUGGAACUGAGAAUUACCACUUGACCAUGCGGCUCGAGAGUGUCAGUCUCGAUGAAAAGAUAUUCGGAAUGGGCCAGUACCAACAGCCAUGGCUUGACUUGAAGGGCAUGGAUCUCGAACUAGCCCAUCGCAAUUCUCAAGCAAGUGUUCCGUUUGCCGUGUCGUCACUUGGAUACGGACUCCUCUGGAACAAUCCAGCAAUCGGCAGAGCCGUCUUCGGAAAGAAUGUCAUGUCAUUUGAAGCAUUCUCGACGCAGGUCCUCGACUACUGGAUCGUUGCAGGAGACUCGCCAGCCCAAAUCGUGGAAGCGUAUGCAGACGCUACAGGAAAAGUACCCCUCAUGCCUGAAUAUGGACUUGGCUUUUGGCAGUGCAAGCUGCGAUACCAGACACAAGAGGAGCUUUUGGAGGUAGCCAGGGAGUACAAGCGACGAGAAAUCCCUAUUGAUCUGAUCGUUGUCGAUUUCUUCCACUGGCCUAAGCAGGGCGAAUGGAAAUUUGACCCCGAGUACUGGCCUGACCCUGAUGCGAUGACCAAGGAACUCAAAGAUCUUGGGAUCGAGCUCAUGGUUUCUAUCUGGCCAACCGUUGACAAGAAAUCGGAAAACUAUGAUUAUAUGGUAGAACAUGGUUACUUGAUUCGUACGGAUCGAGGUGUUCGCAUUGGACUCGAUUUCCAAGGCGAGACUGUUCACAUCGACACCACAAAUCCAGAUGCUAGGAAGUACUUGUGGGAAACUGUCAAGAAGAAUUACUUUACCAAGGGCAUCAAGACAUUCUGGCUAGACGAAGCAGAGCCGGAAUAUGCAGCAUACGACUUUGAAAACUAUCGAUAUUUCCAGGGCUCGAAUAGUUCCAUUGGAAACAUUUACCCUGUCGAAUACGCUCGAGCAUUCUACGAGGGUCAGGAGGCAGAAGGACAAAAGAACAUCGUCAACCUCCUCCGCUGUGCUUGGGCCGGUAGCCAAAAGUACGGUGCCCUUGUAUGGAGCGGUGAUAUUGCGUCGUCUUGGGGUAGCUUCCACAAUCAAAUAUGUGCUGGUCUCAACAUGGGACUCUCCGGACUACCCUGGUGGACAACAGAUAUCGGAGGCUUUCACGGAGGCGACCCCAACGAUGAGAGUUUCCGGGAGCUCUUUGUACGAUGGUUUCAAUGGGGUACAUUCUGCCCAGUGAUGCGACUGCACGGCGAUCGUGAACCUCGCCAGCCACAGCAUGGAACAACCGGCGGAGCGACUUGCUGUAGUGGCGCACCCAACGAGGUUUGGUCCUAUGGCCCCAAGGUCUAUGACAUCUGCGUCAAGUACAUUAAGAUGCGAGAGGAGCUUCGGCCAUAUACACGAAAGCUUAUGAAGGAAGCACACGAGAAGGGAACACCGGUUAUGAGGCCUCUGUUCUACGAGUUUCCAGAUGAUAAGAACUGCUGGAGCAUCUCGACUCAGUACUUGUAUGGCGACAAGUAUCUUGUGUGCCCCAUCCUCAAACCAGGCCAGACCAGUAUUGAGGUGUAUCUCCCCCAGCUUCCUCAAGGCAAGAAGUGGUCUUCCUUCGAUGGUGAAUCGUCUUAUGAUUCGGGACAGAGCGUGACAGUGGAAAGUCCUUUGUCACAGAUGCCAGUUUUCGUAAGAGAAGGAUAA